AUGAAGCUUCACUACUCCGCCCUUGCCCUCGCCGUCUAUCUGGGUACCGCUGCGGCCCAGGGCAUGGAUGGACUGCCCGCCUGCGCGAUUUGCCGCACUGGCGGCGUCACCAACCUCCCGCAAGCCGCUAGCUGUACCGAUGGGGCUCAAUCGACAGCCACCGAGACAUCGGGUGCUUCGUCGGCCACCUCCAACGCAUCCACCGCAUCCAAGUCGACCGACACGGCCUCGGGCGUCUCGGCCACUACUACCGGCGCGACCACCGCGACGGGUACCGCCACAGGCACCACCACUUCGCAGACCGGUACCGGUUCGUCGACUUCUUCCGCGUCGCCGAGCGCGACCACCGGCGCCGCUGCCGUGCUCCUCGGUAAGGACACCGGGGUUCUGGCGGGUGUGGGAGCUGCGCUCUUUGCCCUCCUUGCUUGA